CAGGGCGCGCGGCCCGCGGCGGCCCGGCGGCAGCGUGGGCGCAGGCGGAGCGGCGGGCGGCGCCUGCGCAGUGGCCGCCCGAGGGUGCUUGCGCGCGUGCGCGCGGCGCGGCGCUCCCUUUUUGCCCCUUCGCUGGAGCCGCCAUGGCGCCCGUGAAGAAACCUGCAGCGAAAGGUGGCAAAAAAAAGAAGCAGGUGUUGAAGUUUACCCUGGACUGCACCCACCCCGUGGAGGACGGCAUCAUGGACGCCGCCAACUUUGAACAGUUCCUGCAGGAAAGGAUCAAGGUGAAUGGCAAAGCGGGAAACCUGGGAGGGGGUGUGGUGACCAUCGAGAGGAGCAAGAGCAAGAUCACAGUCACGUCAGAGGUCCCGUUCUCAAAGAGGUACCUGAAGUACCUGACCAAGAAGUACCUAAAGAAGAACAACCUGCGCGACUGGCUGCGCGUGGUGGCCAACAGCAAGGAGAGCUACGAGCUGCGCUACUUCCAGAUCAACCAGGACGAGGAGGAGGAGGAGGAGGAUGAUUGAGCCGGCCCGCCGCCCGGCAGCCAUUUUGUACAGUUUCGCUUACCUGGAAUAAACGGCGGGGAUGGUUGCAGAGA